AUGGUGACGGUUUCGUUAGUUGCGGCCGUGGCCUGCGUGGUUUUAGCCACGAUGUGGCUGCUAAAUGUGGCUGUCAAGUCGAUGAAGUUGAAGAAAGUCAUUGAUAAGAUCCCAGGGCCAAGUGCUCUGCCAUUGUUGGGGAAUUCUCAUCAACUGCGAGGCAAUGGCGCAGAUUUUUUUGCAACGGUAUGUAAUUUUGCAAAGGAGUUUCAGGAUGGUAGGAUGUACCGCAUGUGGCUUGGGACAGAUCCCUAUGUUCUCCUGUAUGGAGCUGACACAGUAGAUUGUCUCUUGAACAGCACCAAGCAUAUGGAUAAGGCCUACUCUUAUACCUUCUUACACCCCUGGCUUGGUACAGGAUUGCUGACAAGCACUGGAGAGAAAUGGAAAGUGAGAAGAAGAAUGAUCACUCCAACAUUCCACUUCAAGAUUCUCCAUGACUUCCUGAACGUCUUCAAUGAGCAAGCAGAAAUCAUGAGUAGAAAACUUAACGGACAUGUCAACAGGGGAUCCUUCAAUAUUUUCUCUACCAUUACCUUGUGUGCCUUAGACAUCAUUUGUGAAACUGCCAUGGGCCGUAACAUCAAUGCUCAAGCAAACAGUGAUUCCGAGUACGUGCAGGCCGUUUACAGUAUAGGGGAGAUAAUCCAGAACCGCCAGAAAAACCCACUGCAGUGGCCAGACGCUGUUUUCAGUGUGAUUGGAGCUGGAAAGGAGCAUGCCAGAUGUCUCUCCAUUCUACAUGGCUUCACCAACAAGGUUAUCCAGGAGAAGAUGGCUGAACUGAAGGACAAACACAAUGAGCACAAAACUUUGAAGGAUCUUACAGACAACUUAACCACAGAUUCGGAUAAUGUCUCAGUGGGAACGAAGAAGAAACGGUUGGCUUUUUUGGACAUGCUGCUGUGCGAAGGCGAGGAUGGCACACAUCUGAGCAAGGAAGAUGUUCGUGAAGAAGUGGACACAUUCAUGUUUGAGGGUCAUGACACGACAGCAGCUGCUGCUAACUGGGCUGUCCACUUGCUGGGAUCCCAUCCUGGGGUCCAGCAGAAGGCACAAGAAGAGGUGGACAAGAUCUUUGGAGACAGUGAGCGGCCUGCCUCAAUGGAAGAUCUGAAGGAGAUGAAAUACUUGGAGUGUGUUAUCAAGGAAGCUUUGCGUCUUUACCCCUCAGUGCCAUUUUUUGGCAGGACACUGACUGAGGAUGUCACCAUAGGUGGGUAUGAGGUGCCCAAAGGUACUACAGCUGUGAUUAUCACAUAUGCCCUUCACCGUGACGAGAAAUAUUUCCCUGACCCAGAAAGGUUUGACCCAGAUCGCUUCUCAGCAGAAAAUGUGAUUGGACGACACCCAUUUGCUUACAUACCCUUCUCUGCCGGCAUGAGGAACUGUGUUGGCCAGAAGUUUGCUCUGAUGGAAGAGAAGGUUAUCUUGUCCACCAUUUUGAGGAAGUUCUCGAUCAAGUCGACACAGAAAGAAGCAGAUCUUAAGCCUGUUGGAGAACUGAUUCUGCGACCAGGUAACGGGGUUUUUGUGGAGCUGACCAGCCGAGGUCACUGAACGCACACCUCUAAUCAGUGGCACCAAGUGGUAAUGGUCAAGAAAGAGGUCAACACGUACCUCUUAACCAUUCCACUUAUGGUAGGUCAAGAUGGGUAUAAAGAUAGUGGAGUUAAAUGGUGGAAGGACAGCUGAAUAAUUUGUUAGACUAUAUAUAUUUAACCUGGCUGUCAAUACUAGUUCAUGUAUACAGAAAUAAAUUAUAUAUGUAUAUAUUAUUGUCCUGUUGUGCAAGAUUGAUGGCACAGGUCACUUAGUGUAUUCAAAACCUUCACCAGAAGCAAAUCCAUGGAUAUUUGUUUAACAUUCAGCAGUCAUAUACAGCUGUUCAGCUAUAGCUGAGACUGAUAUAACAGUUCUGUUAGUCCCAGGCUAUAAAGGCCCCAAAUAUUUGUGUACACACACAUGAAGCCGUCCCCCUACAGGUCAAGGCCACUGAACCCCACACAUGUAUGUACACGCACAUGAAGCUGUCCCUCUACAGGUCAAGGCCACUGAACCCCACACAUGUAUGUACACGCACAUGAAGCUGUCCCUCUACAGGUCAAGGCCACUGAACCCCACACAUGUAUGUACACGCACAUGAAGCUGCCCCCCUACAAGUCAAGGCCACUGAACCCCACACAUGUGUGUACAUGCACAUGAAGCUGUCCCCCUUCAGGUCAAGGCCACUGAACCUCACACUUGUAUGUACAUGCACUUGAAGCUGCCCCCCUACAGGUCAAGGCCACUGAACCCCACACAUGUAUGUACACGCACAUGAAGCUGUCCCCCUACAGGUCAAGGCCACUGAACCCCACACAUGUAUGUACAUGCACAUGAAGCUGUCCCUCUACAGGUCAAGGCCACUGAACCCCACACAUGUAUGUACAUGCACAUGAAGCUGUCCCCCUUCAGGUCAAGGCCACUGAACCCCACACAUGUAUGUUCACGCACAUGAAGCUGCCCCCCUACAGGUCAAGGCCACUGAACCCCACACAUGUAUGUACACGCACAUGAAGCUGCCCUCCUACAGGUCAAGGCCACUGAACCCCACGCAUGUAUGUACAUGCACAUGAAGCUGUCCCCCUUCAGGUCAAGGCCACUGAACCUCACACUUGUAUGUACAUGCACUUGAAGCUGCCCCCCUACAGGUCAAGGCCACUGAACCCCACACAUGUAUGUACACGCACAUGAAGCUGCCCCCCUACAGGUCAAGGCCACUGAACCCCACACAUGUAUGUACACACACAUGAAGCUGCCCCCCUACAGGUCAAGGCCACUGAACCCCACACAUGUAUGUACAUGCACAUGAAGCUGUCCCCCUACAGGUCAAGGCCACUGAACCCCACACAUGUAUGUACAUGCACAUGAAGCUGUCCCUCUACAGGUCAAGGCCACUGAACCCCACACAUGUAUGUACAUGCACAUGAAGCUGUCCCCCUUCAGGUCAAGGCCACUGAACCCCACACAUGUAUGUUCACGCACAUGAAGCUGCCCCCCUACAGGUCAAGGCCACUGAACCCCACACAUGUAUGUACAUGCACAUGAAGCUGUCCCCCUUCAGGUCAAGGCCACUGAACCUCACACUUGUAUGUACAUGCACUUGAAGCUGCCCCCCUACAGGUCAAGGCCACUGAACCCCACACUUGUAUGUACAUGCACAUGAAGCUGUCCCCCUUCAGGUCAAGGCCACUGAACCCCACACUUGUAUGUACAUGCACAUGAAGCUGUCCCCCUUCAGGUCAAGGCCACUGAACCCCACACAUGUAUGUAUAUGCGUUUAAAAGUGUGACUGAUGGUGAAAACUAACUAUUUACAAGCUAUGAGGGAGAUGAUAAUGUAGGCCUAUCUCAGAAGCAGAAAGUAGUUUAAAUGGUGUGUGCAGAAAAUAGAUGUGCCUAUAUUUAAAAGUCCACAGGACACUACAUAGGAACAUAGUAAAUGUAAUGUGCAGUUAGAAUACCUGUGAUGGCAUUGUCAGUUUUUUAUCCAAGUUGUCUGCUGUGUUUAUAGAGAACUAUAGCUAUUAUAUGUCCAUAUGUACAUGUAGAUAUUGUAGGGCACCCAUAUAUCUGCAUGUACUGGUAGAUAUUAUAGAGUGUGUAUAUAUCCAUAUCUACAUGCAGAUAUUGUAGGGCACCCAUAUAUCUGUAUGUACUGGUAGAUAUUAUAGAGUGUGUAUAUAUCCAUAUCUGCAUGUAGGUAUUGUAGGGCACCCAUAUAUCUGCAUGUACUGGUAGAUAUUAUAGAGUGUGUAUAUAUCCAUAUCUACAUGCAGAUAUUGUAGGGCACCCAUAUAUCUGUAUGUACUGGUAGAUAUUAUAGAGUGUCUAUAUAUCCAUAUCUACAUGCAGAUAUUGUAGGGCACGCAUAUAUCCGUAUGUACUGGUAGAUAUUAUAGAGUGUCUAUAUAUCCAUAUCUACAUGUAGAUAUUUUUGAGUGUCUAUAUAUAUCCAUAUCUACAUGUAGAUACUGUAGGGCACCCAUAUAUCUGCAUGUACUGGUAGAUAUUAUAGAGUGUCUAUAUAUCCAUAUCUACAUGUAGAUACUGUAGGGCACCCAUAUAUCUGCAUGUACUGGUAGAUAUUAUAGAGUGUCUAUAUGUCCAUAUGUACAUGUAGAUAUUGUAGGGCACCCAUAUAUCUGCAUGUACUGGUAGAUAUUAUAGAGUGUCUAUAUAUCCAUAUCUACAUGCAGUUAUUGUUGGGCACCCAUAUAUCUGUAUGUACUGGUAGAUAUUAUAGAGUGUGUAUACAUCCAUAUCUACAUGUAGAUAUUUUUGAGUGUCUAUAUAUCCAUAUCUACAUGUAGAUAUUGUAGGGCACCCAUAUAUCUGCAUGUACUGGUAGAUAUUAUAGAGUGUCUAUAUAUCCAUAUCUACGUGUAGAUACUGUAGGGCACCCAUAUAUCUGCAUGUACUGGUAGAUAUUAUAGAGUGUCUGUUUAUUGGUGUAAACAUGUAGGUCUAUGUUUUGUUGAAGUGUUCAUGAGUUGUUUUUUUUUAAUGAGAGCUAGAGAUUUGACUAUGUAACCAAAAUUUCUACCUGAGGAAAAUUAUUAAAGUAGCUGUUGAACAGUCUGGCUGAGUAAUGGGUAUGCCACUGAUAUGUACAGGAAUUUCUGCCCAAAGUAAAUUUUACAUUUAAAUAUAUUUGGUGUCAAACAUCGGAUUUACACAAGAAAAUUAUAACAAAAGCAAGGCUUUAAUUGAUUUCUUUAGAGGUAAAGAGUUUGACUAAUGUGUAAUUGGACUACACAUUGAUACUGGAGUAAGUCUUGAAUCACAUCUGUGUCAUCCAAUCACAUCUCAGGAUUCAGAUAGAACAACAAUCAAAUAGCUGAUUUCCUUUGGCUUGUGAUUCAGAUCUGUGUAGUAGAGAACAGGGGUCUAUUAGAGAUAGUCAUUGUGCUACCUGUCCUAAGCUGUCUAGUGGCUGGAUGGCUUUAUCAGUAUUAGGUUACCAGGUCAAAGUAGUGAUUAAGUCUCAGGGCAUUAUUAUGAUUACAGCCUGAAAUCAGUGAUUAGCUGCUGUAACUAAUCAGUAUUAAAUCUUCUCUGUGUGCUUGUGUUUACUGUGACGGGCAAGCUUACAUGUCAGUAAUGAUGUGUAUGUUAAUGUUUUGUUCUUGGGAGACAGCGUUGUUAUGUGUGUCCACAUCCUGGGGAAGAUACUUUAAUAGCUAACACACUUUGAUGUAUUAUAUUUUAUCCAAGCGUUUGUUCAUGUAAGCUCAGUUCCUAUACAUAUUAUACUUUUACAAUGUAUAAAACACUUUCUAAUCAAAAUGUGAUUGAUAAAUAUUUGAUGAGCUCAGCAUUUUGACAACGUGACUUGCCAGUAUGAGUAUUUUUAUAUGAUUGUGAUUUACUAUUUGUCUAUGCUUGAUAUUGAUACAGUUAUUUUAUAACAUCCUACUUAUUAUUAAUAUUUUGUUUACAAGGUGUUAUGGAAAAGGUUUUUGUUUUGUCUGAAGGUCACCCUGUCACAACUGGGUUAUGGAGAAAGAGUCAGGGGCAUAAAACUGUCCUAUUGAUGUGUGUUAUAGUCCAUAUAUGAUGUUGUUUAGA